GUCUGCGCGGGAAGUGGAAACCACCGAGGAGUUGAAGCGGCGUGGGAUUUGUCAGGCGGGCAGCGUCGGCUGCUUUGGGUCUCUCUUCGCCGCUAACCCCGCGGCCCGACCCGUUCGCCGCCAUGCCCAUGAAGGGCCGCUUCCCGAUUCGCCGCACCCUCCAGUACCUGAGCCAGGGGGACGUGGUGUUCAAGGACUCAGUGAAGGUCAUGACGGUGAACUACAACACGCACGGGGAGCUGGGCGAGGGUGCCAGGAAGUUUGUGUUUUUCAACAUACCUCAGAUCCAGUACAAAAAUCCUUGGGUCCAGAUCAUGAUGUUUAAGAACAUGACGCCGUCCCCCUUCCUGAGGUUCUAUCUGGAUUCUGGGGAGCAGGUACUUGUGGAUGUGGAGACUAAGAGCAAUAAGGAGAUCGUGGAGCACAUCAAAAAAAUCUUGGGGAAGAACAAGGAAACCCUGGAGGAGGAGGAGCAGGAGAAAAAGCAGCUUUCUCACCCAGCCCACUUUGGGCCCCGGAAGUACUGCCUGCGGGAGUGUAUCUGCGAGGUGGAAGGGCAAGUCCCCUGCCCAGGCCUGGUACCAUUACCCAAGGAGCUGACAGGGAAGUACAAAGCAAUGCUGAAGGCCAGCACCCAGGACUGAGGCCCCAGGCCACACCCAGGGAAGCCCCUGGUUCUGUCCCUGGAGGGACUCUGAAAAAACUCUUUGCCAUAAGAUGAUCCCCUUCACACACCUGUGUGAAAGGACAUGGGAGGGUCGGGGGAGUAUCUCCGCUCUACCAGGUCAAUAAAAGGCUUCCUCGUUUCCAGCA